GCAAAGCGAAGACUCAUUGACUUUUGAGGAAAAGAAGUAAGUAUCUCAGUCGAAAUUUCACAGAGCUAUCUUGUCUUCAUACAAGAAAUCAUAAGCAAGUUGUGUGAAUGAAGCCCUUUUGCUUUUUUAGAAAGAAGGAAGUAACUCGGUAAGGAGGUUGUGUUGUGUUGUGUUGGUAAGGAAGUAACUAGGUAAGGCAUGUGAAUGACAUUUGUGUCGUUUUUUUUCACAUCAUUAUUCGGUCAAUUGAACUGUCUAAUCUAGUUCGAAAGUCAGUUCUGAGAUCAAGUGAUUUCAACCGUCUCCAAUUAUAGUUGUAGGGAUCGAACUGUGGUUCUUCCUACUGAUUUCAGCGUCAAUCACCGCUAAACCAACUAACAAUUGAUUUCUUGUAUCAUUAUUUUAUUUUCUAUAUAAAGGAGUAAAGAAAAUGGAAACCAUGUCAAUCAAAUAUCAUUUAUUGUUUUGUCUACACACAUUACUACAAUAUUUAGAGCUUCAAACAUGAACACACAUAUUGGUAGCCGGUUGAAAGCUGCAGCUCAAGCCGGUAAUAUAAAUGAUCUCUACAAAGUAAUUCAAGAUGAUCCAUCCAUUUUGGAGGAUAUAGAUUUAAUGCCAUUUAUUGAAACUCCUUUGCACAUCGCUGCAUCUCUUGGUCAUCUUCAAUUUGCCACUGAAAUUAUGAGGUUAAAACCUUCAUUUGCUUGGAAGCUAAAUCCACAAGGAUUCAGCCCCAUCCAUCUUGCUAUGCAUAAUGACCAAAAGAUGAUGGUGUAUCGCUUUGUUAGCCUCAAUAAAGACCUUGUUAGAGUUCAAGGGAGGGAAGGCAUUACUCCUCUUCAUUUUGCAAGUCAAAUUGGUGAGGUUGACCUUAUAACUACAUUUCUCAUCUUGUGUCCGGAAUCCAUUGAAUACUUGACUGUGAGGCGCGAAACUGCUCUGCAUAUUGCUCUUAAGAAUGGACAGUAUGAGGCCCUUCAAGUACUUGUUGGAUGGCUCAAAAGAGGCAGUAUCAAGCUGGAAAAUGACAUAGUAAACCAGAUAGAUGAGGCAGGCAAUACCAUUUUGCAUAUUGCAGCACUAAGUAGUGAGCCGCAGGCACUUAAAUUGUUGAUAAAGACCAGAAUAAAUUUGAAUGAAAAGAACUUGGACAACAAAACCUCAUUAGACAUAGCAACCAGUUCGGAGAUGAAGAGUAUAUUAUUCAGUGUUGGAGCAAAAUCUAGCUCAGAAGUUGUUGCUGCUCCCACAGUUGCACGUCUACUUAUGAGACCAAAUAUUCUUUCCAAAUGGUUAAUUCGGCCAAAUGGUGAGAAAAUAACAGAGGAGGAGAAACACAACACUUGGUUAAUAGUUGUGACUCUUAUUGCAACUGCCAUGUAUGGAUCAAUUAUGACUCCUCCUGGUGGAGUUUAUCAGAUUAGUGUUGGUGACGGCAAUAAUUUAAACAUUACUUCCUCCAAUUCUACUCUUUCUACCUUCGGAUUUCCUGGGAGCUCGGUAUUGUCACCACUGCAUUUCUAUUUGUUUUCAAUUUUGAAUACGCUUUCCUUUGUUCUAUCAAUUUUAGCAAUAUAUAUUCUGAUCCCAAGUGGGAAUGGGAUACAAAGCAAGCUGGUGUUCUGGUUAAUAGCUUUGUUUUUCAUGUCAUAUAUGCUUUCUUUGCAAUGGAUAACCCCGGAAAAUGUAGAAUCCUCUCUAGUUUGUAUACCUUUCCUUUUCAUUUUUACUUUCAGUUUAUGGUUUGUUAAUUCAAUCAAAUUCAGACUAGCCAAUUUCAAUGUACCUAAUUGGAAGCGCAGUGUUAAGAACCUGAGGAUGCAAUAGGAGAAACAGCAAUGAAGGUUGUGGGUCAGAGAUAGAUUAGUACAAUCAUUAAUGAGAUCCGCAACUCAAACAACCGCCGGCCAAAUUCAUUGGUUCUCAUUGUUAUAGUUUGUUUUGUUUAUGUUUAUCUUUCUAUAGAUUUUGUUGAUUUGAUUGUUUAUGUUUGAAUCCAUGACCUAUUUAUGUACUA